AUGUUUCUAUUUGUAAGAAAAGGGAGUGGUGGUACUGCUUACCAUAGUAUGUCUUUAACAAAGAUGAUUCUACCACUAGCGCUAAUCCUAUCGCGGUUUUGCGCAUUCUGCGCAGGAAAAGCCCAUUUGCAAUCACAUACCUCUGUACUAGACCAUGGUAUUGAAAUUGGACCAUUAAAUAGAACGGCAUCGAUAACCCCAGAAUUGCAACACUUAAAAGUCGGUCAAAAUGGAGCGAUCUCGAGCGAUCUCGAGCUAUGUAACCGAAUGGGUGUGCAUGAUAUAUUACUUGGAAUUCCAGGAUCCAAUGCUGCGGAUGCAGCUAUAACGGUAGCUCUUUGUAUCGGCAUGGUUAAUUUCUUUAAUAGCGGUAUUGGAGGUGGUGGUUAUGCAGUCUAUGUUGAUGGUGAAAAAUCAGAAAGGAAUCUAGCUUUUGACUUUCGUGAAACUGCUCCUGAGUUGGCUCAUAAGAACAUGUUUUCGAAGGAUCCCAAAUCUUCUAAGUAUGGUGGCUUGUCUGUUGCUGUGCCCGGAGAAUUAGCUGGUCUAUAUGAAUUAUACAAGAGACGAGGCAGCGGUGUAGCCAAAUGGUCACAACUUCUCCUACCAGUAGUAGAGUUAGGUAGAGGUGGAUGGAGUGUUGGAACAGCAUUGGGUGCGUCAUUGAAAAAGUACGAGAGCUACUUUAAAGAACAUAAGCAGGACUGGGCUUUUGUUCUCCAUCCAGACGAAAAUAGAGUCCUAGACGUGGGUGAGUGGAUUACGAGACCGGCCUUAGCUAAUACUUUAGAGGUCGUUGCUAGAAGCGGCAAUGCCUCGGUUUUCUACGACCCAAGUUCUGAACUAGUUCGUAGUAUGGUCAAUACAAUCCAAAGCACAAAUGGUAUAAUAACGGAAGCAGACUUUGCAAAAUAUAAGGUUGAAAUCUCUGCACCAUUAUCAACAAAAAUUAGAAGAGGUUUAAAGCAUCUGCCAAACAAUGACCUAACCGUUUAUACCAUAGGUGGUUCCAGUUCUGGUGCCGCAUUGCUCUCUGCUUUAAAAAUAAUGGACCAUUUCGACGGCGCCGAUGGAGGUGACAGCUCCCCGGAGCAGCUAUACUUAUUAGUGGAAUCUAUGAAAUGGAUGGCAAGUGCCAGAAGUAGGCUAGGUGAUAUUAACGGCGGCUCAAAGUCUUCUCCGCAAGUAAGGGACAUCCUAGGCCAAAACUGGAUUAAAUAUGCAGUUUCUCUGAUUAAAGGCGGCCGCGAUGGUGAUACCUUCAGUACUAUGGCAAAUUGGACUGACUACUUACCUGCUUACGAACCUAACACUCCUGGAGGCACAACUCACAUCUCAAUUGUUGAUUACAACGGAAAUGCGGUUUCCUUGACCGCAACGGUCAACCUUUUGUUCGGCUCCUUAGUCCACGACUCAAGUACUGGAAUCGUUUUCAAUAACGAAAUGGACGACUUCAGCCAGCCAGGUAAGUCAAAUACGUUUGGUAUUUCCCCAUCCAUCUACAACUUCCCUGAACCUCAUAAACGCCCAUUAUCGUCGACUGCACCCACCAUCAUAUGCAACGAGUUAGGCCUCCCUGACAUGAUCAUAGGUGCUGCCGGAGGCUCAAGAAUAGUCACUGCUAUCCUACAAACUAUUAUAAGGUCCUACUGGUAUAAUAUGCCUUUAUUACAAGCUAUCUCAUUCCCAAGAAUUCAUCACCAAUUGUUACCAGAGCAGCUAGAAAUUGAAAGUUUCUCCAUGCUAGGAGACCAAGCAAUCCAAUCUCUUCGUAGUAUGGGCCAUAAAACUCUAGAAACAAGUCCACAUAGUGUUGUCAACGGCAUUAGGAGCUGGCAUGGACAAUGGCAUGCCGUAAGUGAUUACUGGAGAAAGCGUGGUGUGUCGGUUGCAUACUAA